CCAACAGGCGAGUUUGCUGGGCUUGCACCCACGACGGGAGCCUUCAGACCUGGCUUUCCGCCGCGGCGGCAGCCUGAAGUGAGCAUCUCCUCCACUCAGUCGCCGCCUUCCACACAGACUGCCGCGCUCUGUCCAGCGGGUGGCCACGGCGAACCUCUCUAGCGCGAACAGGAAACGCGGCUUAGCUGGGUUGUUCGCGUCUCGUCCCGAGGCCUCCCUAAGGAGCAGCUGCCUGAUCGGCCGAGCCCGCCCUCUCCCAGCCUCCACCGCGGUCCCUCGUCGUCGUCCUCCUCCUCCUCUUCCUUUCCCAAUUCCCAUCCUCAAGGCGGAGCUGAAGUGUCGGUCGGUCGCUGCCGCCUCCACUGCCGCCGCCGCCUCCCUGGCUCCAAGGAGGGCCAUCCUCCCCCAGCGCCCCGGCUCUGCUUCUUCUUCGUCCGAGAGGGGUGGAGGCAGUGUGGUCGUCCCCCCUGGCGGUAGGAGCAGCAGCAGCAGCAGCGGGAGGAGAAGUGACAAGAAGAGCCACAAAGGAGCGCCGGCGGCGGAGCUUGCGCUGCCAGCGGAGUCGCCAUGAGCUGGGGCACGGAGCUGUGGGAUCAAUUUGACAAUUUAGACAAGCACACACAAUGGGGUAUUGACUUCCUGGAAAAAUAUGCAAAAUUUGUUAAAGAGAGGAUAGAGAUUGAACAGAAUUAUGCAAAGCAACUGAGAAAUCUGGUGAAGAAGUACUGCCCUAAACGUUCAUCCAAAGAUGAAGAGCCCAGGUUUACCUCAUGUAUAGCCUUUUAUAAUAUCCUUAAUGAGUUAAAUGACUACGCAGGACAGCGAGAAGUAGUAGCAGAAGAAAUGGGACAUAGGGUAUAUGGAGAACUGAUGAGAUAUUCCCACGAUCUCAAAACAGAAAGAAAAAUGCACCUUCAAGAGGGUCGAAAAGCUCAGCAAUAUCUUGACAUGUGCUGGAAGCAGAUGGAUAAUAGCAAGAAGAAAUUUGAGAGAGAAUGCAGAGAAGCAGAAAAGGCACAGCUGUGCUUUGAGAGGCUGGACAAUGAUACCAGUGCCACUAAAGCAGAUGUUGAGAAAGCAAAGCAGCAGUUGAACCUGCGUACACAUAUGGCUGAUGAAAACAAAAACGAGUAUGCUGCACAACUGCAAAAUUUCAAUGGUGAACAGCACAAGCAUUUCUACAUUGUCAUUCCUCAGAUUUAUAAGCAUCUUCAAGAAAUGGAUGAACGGAGAACUAUCAAACUCAGUGAAUGUUAUAAGGGGUUUGCAGAUUCUGAGCGCAAAGUUAUUCCUAUUGUCUCAAAGUGUUUAGAAGGAAUGAUUGCUGCUGCAAAAUCCGUGGAUGAACGCAGGGACUCUCAAACAGUAAUAGACUCCUUCAAGUCUGGUUUUGAACCUCCUGGGGACUUUCCGUUUGAAGAUUACAGUCAGCAUAUUUACAGGACUGUUUCUGAUGGAACAAUCAGUACACCAAAGCAAGAAGGGAUGAAAAUUGAUGCAAAAACCACUGUGGGCAAGGCUAAGGGCAAACUGUGGCUUUUUGGAAAGAAACCAAAGCCACAGUCCCCACCCCUUACCCCUACUAGUUUAUACACCUCCAGUACUUCUAAUGGUUCCCAGUAUCCCAUAUUCUGCAUUGAACAAGUGCAUUAUUGCAUGAGUGAAAUAAAAACAGGGAAGCCCAGAAUUCCUUCUUUCAGAAGUCUCAAAAGAGGGUGGUCGGGGAAGACGGGUCCUGCACAAGAAGAUUUCAGCCAUCUGCCCCCAGAACAAAGGCGGAAGAAGUUGCAGCAGCGGAUUGAUGAACUCAACAGAGAACUACAAAAAGAGACAGAUCAAAAAGAUGCACUCAUCAAAAUGAAAGAUGUGUAUGAGAAAAAUCCACAAAUGGGUGAUCCAAGCAGCCUUCAGCCAAAACUGGCUGAAACAAUGAACAACAUGGACCGUCUCCGGAUGGAAAUUCACAAGAAUGAGGCCUGGCUCUCUGAAGUUGAAGGUAAAGUAGCAGCAAGAGGAGACCGAAGACACAGCAGCGACAUCAACCAUCUUGUAACCCAAGGAAGAGAGAGCCCUGAGGGGAGCUACACAGAUGAUGCCAACCAAGAAGUCCGAAGCCCGCCACAGCAGCAUGGCCAUCAUGAAUUUGACGACGAAUUUGAAGAUGAUGAUCCCCUGCCAGCUAUAGGACAUUGCAAAGCUAUCUAUCCAUUUGAUGGUCACAAUGAAGGUACCCUGGCAAUGAAAGAAGGGGAGGUUCUGUACGUUAUAGAGGAAGAUAAAGGGGAUGGAUGGACAAGAGCUCGGAGGCAGAAUGGAGAAGAAGGAUAUGUGCCAACUUCCUACAUAGAUGUGACUCUAGAGAAAAACAGUAAAGGUGCAGUAACCUAUAUCUAACCUCCAGUCCAUCAACGUAUCAGUGAACUUUGCUUAAUGAAUAUUGAAGCGCACAGUUGGAUGGAAAGUGCUAGAGUGUUUAAUGAAUCCUUAUUAAUUUUAUUGUUCACCAUGUGAGCUCAAGUUGAGACAUCAUUACGAAAUCUGGAAAAACAUCCUUGUUUCAAUUGGUUUAUUCGCUAGCUUUGGCCAGUGCCAUGUCUGUCUGAUUUUUCUGCCUUAAUCUGCUUGAGGGCCUUUAAGCAUUCCCUUGCAAUCAAUGGUCAGGUCAUCCUAUUUUAUUUGUUUACUUAAUUUUUCAAUUUUUGUAAGGUUUCUAUUUGCUUGAAGAUAUUUUAAGAGGAUCAGCUGAUUGUUUUUUAGAGUGUAUUGUUUCAUCUCCCCCAAACCAGAAAUCUAUUCCAACUAGCAACUGAAAUGAACUGAAAAUGAGCCUGUUACAGAGAAGUGGGAAAGCACAUCUGCUUUUUCCUUUGUUUUCUGAAUGGAAGCCUCUAUCUCGCCCUCCUACACCUUGUUUUGCUAUCGUGUGUGUGUGUGUGUGUGUGUGUGUGUGUGUGUGUGUGUGUGUGUGUUAAGCAACUUGCAGUCUAGCACAACCAAGCUGCAAUUCAAAAAAGAUUUUUCUGCUGGAAGAGAGCAAGCAAUUGCCUGCACGUAAAGAGCCUUGGAAGAUUUCAACCAAUGUUUGCAAAUAGCCUUGUUCUGUAAAUAUUUUGUGUGUGUCUUUUAUUUUGGGAAUCAGGUCUGCAUUUUCCUCUUCACAAAAAAUAAGAAAUGUAGAAAGUGUUCAGGAAAGCACACAGCAGGUUGUAAGGGGAUUCAGCCUGGUGAUUCACUGCUUCUGCUUUCUUUCUGCUUCUUGGAGACCUUGUAUGUUUCUGGCCUGCUUCAAAUCUUCUAGCACACCACAGUUUGUUGUGAUGAAAAUAUGCUAUGGUAAGCCUUGAACUCACAUGCUCCCUCUCCCCUUAUCCUUUGUGUCCAAAGGAAGAAAGUUUGAAAUUUUCCAUUUGUGGUUUGUAACAAACCACAAUUUUCGGCUGCAUCAGAAUACAAGGAACUGUGGUUUGUACAAACCAUUUCUCCAUAUUUUGAGGCAACAGGAAACUGGUAAAUUGCAAAUAGAAACUUUAAUCUUCUUUCCCUCAUGCAUAAAGGAGGAGGAUAGAGCUCGUGAGCCUGAGACUCACCAUGAAGUGUUCCUGUCACAGUAAACCAUGGUUUCCUAUAACAUCUGAACCAGGCUCCUGUGUUGUUUUCUACUUGGAAGUUUUGUCAAGGUUGUUUUGUUGUUAAAACUUAACUGAUGAGUCCACCUUCCACAAAUGCUCAUGAAAAAUUGAUUUUGGAAGAUGUCUCUUUCUGAAGUGGAGCUAAUGUUACACCCUUAGUUUAAAAAAAUGUUUGCAUACACUCCUAUAUCUAUGGACCACCCCAUUCAUUUCUGAUAUAGGAAGCAGAUUUGUGUGCAUACAGAGUCGUUCCCUUUGUUAAAAUGAAUAGGCAAACUGUUGCAAAAAUCUUUAUCUGUACAUUGAAGCCCCCAUGGAUCAGGGUAUUAGUCUGAUGUGUUAUAUAACUCAGCUUGUCUAAAUGCUGUUACCUUUUCUAGAAUCUGUAGGUUUUUGCUUAAGGGGGAGGGAGGAGUGGAAGCUAAGUUGCACUAGUUUGCUCCUGGAUGAACUGCUUUCUAGGAAGUACAAUACAAAGAACUUGAAAAAGCUCUGUGCCAACAUGUAUGCAUUGGAGAGGAUUAUCCUCUAACCUUUUCAGAUGCAUAAUUUUUCUUUAAGUGAGCACACUUCUCGCUUUGCAAAGGCCUCUGGUAAUUCUCUUCUUCUCUUUUUUCCUCUUGGACUGCAGGUUCCUGAAGCGGGUUUCAGAGAAAAUGGGCGAGAUGUUGAAGGAGGUUACAUGCAGCUGCUUUUGGGGGGAGGGUAUUAGGCCCAGCAGGACAUGGGGAAAGCCAGUUGCAUGAAGGCAUGCAGGCAUACGUUUCUCACUAACAAUGUUCGCAUUUCUACAUACAUUCAAAAUUUCUGUGGCAAACUCCAGCUCCAUUCCAGCAGAAUCAAAGCAUCCAAUCUGCAAAUGCAUCCUUUUUGUGGUCCUCCGUUCUGAACAAUCCCAUUUGCUGUUCACCAGUUGCAUUGUGCAUUGGCUGUUUCAGGUGCCUCAUUUUCAUGCCCAUUUUUAACUGGCCUUGAGUCAAAGCCAUGUCAUUGACCAGUCUCUGCCUGUGCCACCUCCAUGCUCGCCCUAACCUUCUCCUGCAUGUCUAGGUAUGUGUCAGGCCUGCCUGCCUAAUGUUCUGUAUUUCCAUAGCUCUUCCUCCUCUUUUCUGCAUUUGUAGCAAAAAACCACUUUAUGUUUAUCUCCAGCACUAAAGUUUUUAUUCCAGUUAGUACCCUUUUAUGCUGCUAUAACUUUUUUUCCCCCUCCAUCAUGAUCAUCCUUGCAUUCCAGUUCUUUGGCAUUAUAACUGAAGAGAACUUAACAUUCAUUUUGAUUUGGGAAAAGAAACACAUCUCAGUGCUAGGCAACUGAGCCCGGCUUCAGCACCUCAAUAACUCCUCAUGAGCACUGAAAACCUAGGAUAACAGCACAGAUUAUCCACAGCAAGACAAACGACUGUUUUUCAGAAGUCCAGUGCUUGCCAUUCAGAUGCUGCCUUAAACGCUCUCGAGUGCCUAAAUCGGUUGAUUGCCAACACGACCACUUCAGUAGCCCACAAAGGGCUUUGGGUCUCAGUUCUGCCUGACCCUCCUGACUCUUUCUACAGUACUGCAGCUGCUGAGGUAGCCAUGGCAGAGGGGUUCUCCAGCUCUGCCAGAACAUGGUGCAUUGUCAACAUUAUGCAUUGUCAACAAAAUACAUGUUAUGGGUUUUAUUUUUCAUCGAGGGAAUGUUUUUAAUAGGAUUUUUAUGGAGCCUUUUUUCCCUCUCUCCUUGAUUGUCUCUCUUAUUUUUGGGGUUGGGGAAGGGGAAGACUCCAGUUUCUUAUUAACUGAAGUGCUCGUCUGUUUCGAAGUGAUGCUUCAUUGUAAGGACCAGUUGAAAAUUGGAGUGAUAACUUUGUAAUGAUCUAUGUGCACUUUUACUUGUAAACAUUUGAGAUUUGGAAAUGUUUACACAUGUAAAUAUAGUUGUCUGCAGCACCCCAUAUUGCUCAUGUUGUUUUGUCUGCCAUUUGUGAAUUCUGUUAAUGAAAUAAUCUUACAUCUAGCUGAAUAGGGUAAUCUUAGAAUGUGGGAAGUAGGAGGGAGGGAGAAACCAGUUAAAGCAUCAUAAAACCAGCUUUUUACUGUUUGAGGUAAGAGUACAAACAUUUUGCUUUUCUAUUUGGGGUGGGGGGUGGGGUUGAAGCAAUAUUUGGACACAGCAGUGCUGGAUUCCUUUAGGACUUCUUCAGUGUUAUUAGUAAAACUAAAUCUGUGUGAUUAUUGUGUGGAAGUUUUCUUCCUUUUAUUAUUAAGUGUGCCACUAUUACACAGAUGACAUAGUGUAUUUACAUUGGGGGCAGUUAAACACUAAAGACUAGAUUUUUGGAUAUCGUAAACAGGGUUAUUUAUAUAAUGUGACCUUACGCAGAACUGACAAAACUACAUGGUAUAGGUUUUGUUUUUGGUUUUUUUAAUACAGUCUAGUGGCUCUUUUAUUUUGAAGAUAAAUAGAAUGAGAAAAUGUUCUCCACAUUCCUUUUGGUAUUUGGCCAAUAGCCCUGUGGAUUUUGCCUAACAACCUCUUGGGCUGCUUCUUGUAAGACUUCUUCUUAAAGGACUAACAGUUGUUUCAUGCUACUGUUUUUCUAGGACCAGGAUUUGAUUCCUCAGGAGAAUAAUCUUUUUCUGUGGUAUAUAAUGCAACCUUAUGAGGGUUAUUAAACAUAAGGGGAGGGAAAAAAAUCUUUGUACUUGCACAGCUAGCUAAUCUCAUUAUUCUGAAAUUUUGAACAUGAUGAAUUUGUCUGAGUCUUACAACUUUCCAGUAAUUUUUAAUCUUUUGUGCACGUGUUGAUUUUUAAAUGUUUAAAUGCUUUGUUAAAAAUAGUGGUUCUCUUGAGAAUAUUUUCAUGGAAUUAAAAACAAUCUUUUCAUGGUC